UAAGGAGCCCUAAAAAGCUCCCGUGUUCCUUUGUUGCCAGACGAAAUCAACACCACACAGAAGCAGCUUUGCCAGCCGUGCUGGGUUACCAACGAGUUUGGGUAGCGAUAUACUAAACGACUUUAAGAUUAAAAGCAAUUUUGUGAAGAUUCUACCAAGCAAGAAGUCAGAAUUUAAUACCUCGGGUCUUUUUGUGGUUGCUGAAGGGAUUGGAUGUAAGCACUCUGGCUCCAACAUGGAGACGCUAGAGAGAAUUCAACAAAACAGGCAAGUGAUGACAUUUAUUUUGAUAGUACUCUUAUCUCAGGCUCACCCUGCGCCUAUUCGUUAUUCUGUGCUGGAAGAAACAGAGAGCGUCUCCUUUAUAGCCCAUUUGACCAAGGACCUGGGCCUGGGAAUUGGGGAGCUGGCCGCCCGGUCGGCCCAGGUGGUGUGUGACGAUGACAAGCAGCGCUUGCUGCUAGAUCGCCAGACUGGAGAUUUGCUUUUGAGGGAGAAACUAGACCGGGAAGAUAUAUGUGGCCCCGUUGAACCCUGUGUGCUGCAUUUCCAAGUGUUCCUGGAAACUCCGGUGCAAUUUUUUGAAGGGGAACUAUUAAUCCAGGACAUAAAUGACCACUCCCCAGUAUUCCCGAAUAGGGAAAUGCUCCUGAAAAUACCGGAAAACAGCCAGCCAGGGACUGUUUUUCCGUUGAAAUUAGCUCAGGAUUUGGAUGUGGGCAGCAAUGGUCUUCAAAAAUACACUAUCAGCCCCAAUUCUCAUUUUCACGUUGUCACUCGAAAUCAUAGUGAGGGCAAUAAAUAUCCAGAUUUGGUGCAGGACAAAGCACUGGAUCGAGAGGAGCAGCCUGAGUUCAGCUUAACCCUCAUGGCGCUGGAUGGCGGGUCUCCACCUAGGUCUGGCACCAGCAUGUUACGAAUCCUGAUCAUGGAUGUCAAUGACAAUGCUCCUGAGUUUGUGCACACUCCAUAUGAGGUGCAGGUUCUGGAAAACAUCCCCCUAGACUCCCCAAUACUUACUGUUUUAGCUAGGGAUGUAGAUGCUGGAAACUUUGGGACUGUUUCCUACAGUUUAUUCCAAGCAUCAGAGGAAAUUAAACAAACUUUCUCAAUAAAUGAAGUCACAGGAGAAAUCCGACUGACAAAGAAAUUGGAUUUUGAACAAAUUAAAUCUUACCACGUGGAAAUUGAGGCUACAGAUGGAGGAGGCCUUUCCGGAAAAGGCACUGUAGCCAUAGAGGUGGUAGAUGUGAAUGACAACGCCCCUGAAUUUACCAUACCUUCACUCACCUGCUCCAUCCCAGAAAAUGCUCCUGAGACUGUAGUCUCCAUCUUCCGAAUUCGAGAUAGAGACUCCGGAGACAAUGGAAGGAUGGUUUGCUCUAUUCCAGGUAAUCUGCCAUUCAUUCUAAAACCGACUUUAAAGAAUUUCUACACCCUGGUAACAGAGAGCCCUCUGGACAGAGAGAGCAGAGCCGAGUACAACAUCACCAUCACC